ACAGACCGUCAAUGCCAGCAUGCCUCAGGAGUUCAGGACCGGGUCGUUUUGGCGGGCUGUCUUUGCUGAGUUUGUUGGAAUGACACUCUUUGUAUUUCUAGGUAUCGUAACUGCCAUCAGCGGGCAGGACCAGGAGGCGGUGGCCUUGGCGUUCGGGCUGGCCAUCGCCACGCUGGCGCAGAGCCUGGGUCACAUCAGCGGUGCGCACCUGAACCCGGCCGUGACCCUGGGCAUGCUAGUGAGCUGUCAGAUCAGCGCCAUCAAGGCAGCGUUCUUUGUGCUGGCUCAGAUGUUGGGCGCUGUCUUGGCCAGCGGCAUCGUCUACGGCAUCCGCCUAGAAAAUAGCAAUGCUUUGGGUGUCAACAAGAUAAAUAACGGCCUGACUGCAGCACAGGGUUUUGGUAUUGAGUUCCUGGCCACCUUCCAGCUUGUGCUGUGUGUCCUAGCAACAACGGACAGCCGUCGGAAAGACGUGACUGGAUCCGCGCCCCUUGCAAUCGGGCUCUCCGUUGCUCUGGGGCACCUGGCAGCAAUCAGUUACACGGGCUGUGGAAUCAACCCUGCACGCUCCUUUGGACCUGCUGUGGUCAUGAAGGAAUUUGACAACCACUGGGUCUACUGGAUAGCACCCAUGCUGGGGGGUGUGGCCUCUGCCCUGGUGUAUGACUUCCUGCUACAGCCCCACUCGGAGCCGUACAGCAGCCGGCUAAGAAGUUUAAGGGGCAGGGCUGAGGCAUAAGGGGGUGGGGCUGAGG